AUGGCGAAGGCAAACCCGGAUCAGGAGCCUGAACAGCGCAACCGAUUGCCAACACUAAUGGAAGUUUUGGGACGAAGGACAUUGGCACCGGUUGACCUGUUUUCAUUUUACAUUUUCAUGCGUGAUCAACAGCGUUCGGUGGAUUACUUGGAUUUCUGGCUUGAUGUGUCACAGCACAUGUCACUAUGUCGACACUAUGUUCGAGAGCUGCGACGGUCCAUGCUUGUUGACACCCCCGAGAUGGAAAAGGCUGCAAGUAAAAGGUCUUCUGCUCUUCCUGAGUCAUUCGAUCUGGGCGAGGGACUUGACUCGAGAAAAAGUGGGCAAGAAUCAAGAGUAUCUGCCAUCUUGAGAUCGGACAAUGGUCCAGCACGCAAACCUGGCAGUAGAGAAGGCGGUGUAGAUCAUUCUCCCUCUCACAGCAUGGGAUCAGCGCAUUCAAGAAAUCUCAGCCGACCAUCAGGAGAUCGACCCUCGCCUUCCGAACCACCCCAAACCAGCCUUUUGACCCCUGAAGUGCGAACGGAUUCAAACUCUCCCGGUCAUAGUGUCACUAGGGCCGAUAUCAAAGCAAGUGCGGAGAAGAUCCUCUAUACAUUUGUUCUACCGGGCUCAGAGCGUGAAAUUGUUUUGCCCGAUUCAAUGCUAAACAAAAUUAUCAGAGCGAUUGAAGAAGAAGGACGUGAUGACCCAGAAGUGUUUGACGACGCAAAGGAUUAUGUCUUUCAGGCCAUGGAGAGAGACGCGUUUCCAGGGUUUCUUCAGGCCAAAGCUCUCGGCAAUUUGGUUCCCCUGAGUGUUCUAAUCCGACUGAUAGUUGGACUUGCGAGUUUGAUGGGUGGAUUUUGGGGCGGAUAUUACAUGAUCUUGAGAGAUGAGUCAAGACGAAUUCGGUGUUGGCUCAUCCUCCCGUACACUAUCGGAACGUACUUCCUCGUCUCAUACCAGUACAAGCUCGACAUCAUUGCCGCAUACAUCGGUUUCAGCGAGUAUACUUGGAUGAAUUGGUCGCGGGUGAGGGAACCGUUUGUCCGGCGGCUACUCUUGACAAGAGCUACCAUGGCAUUCCUCAUGUUUGCAGCAGCAGCUGUCGCGCUGAGCGUGCUUUUUAUCUUUGUGCCGGGAACGAGGUUCUAG